AUGGUGGAUGAAAGGGACGAGGUGGCCGCUCUCUUUGAGAAGGUGGAAAGCCUCCGGCUGGACCCUCGUGAGAUGAUGUUCCUGAAGACGAUGGCAUUGGCAAAGUCCCGCACCGGCCAAUUCGAGCAACUCGCCCUCCACCUCGUCGCCUAUCACCAAAUUGCAUAUGCUGGACAACCGUUCAGAUUUAUGCGUUGUGUCGAGUUGGUCUCGACGAGCUGUGAGAAUGCAAUUGUGGAUCUCCUCUUCAGGCCCUCAAUCCGAGACGCAUCUAUGGCCAGGCUCAUCGCGGAUCUUCUCGUCCCUCCUCCAACCCCUCAACUUACCAUGCCAAUCAAUCCAUUCGCUCUGGCACAACAAUUCGCCCUCCAUUCCCUCAAUCCAUUCCAAUCAGGCGUCCAAUGCCAACCCGGCUCCUCCACCUCGCCCUCCUCGAUCUCUGAAGGAGCACCAUCUCCCCUUUCUGAACCCCUGAAUCUGGCUGAAAACCUGAAGAGAAGAGGCCCGAAGAUAGAGGUCGAUCUUGAUGAGGAAGACUCGAAAAAUGAUGGCGACUUGGAGACGACCGCUGAAGAA